AUGAAAUUCUUAUCGAUCUUGGCCACUUUCUUGGUAUUUAUCAUUGUUAUCGCUCAUGCAGUCCCCAUUGAAAGGAAGUUAGGGCCGAACGCCCACGCACUGGCGGAGAAAAUCAGGAUUAUAUACUGGAAUAAUGCCAACGAUGCGCUAAAAAUCUAUCAAAGCUAUGAUAAAGAAAUAAAAGAUUUUGAUAAUAAAAUAAAACAAGCCGCAAAAGAAGACGGUACAGACGAGAAAACUGUAGAAUGGUUAACGAAAUGGAAUGAAAAUUAUGGGGAGCUUGCAAAAGAAUUGAAAUCAUCCUCUGCACAUUUACUUUCUGCAAUUGAUAAGCUUAAGACAAAAUUAGGGGACUAA